UAGUUAGAAUGGGUAUACCCGUGCGUAUGUGAUACCAAUCCACCCCUCCAGUCCAGAAAGGCAGAAUCCAAAUAUCUCAGAUUCGCACUUGUGCUGUGCCAAAGUGCCAUUAGGCCACUCCCAUUACCAUACACACACACACACACACAGGGUGGUCCAAUUCUUGAAUUAAACUUAUUAAAUCUCACAACAGCCAAUUCCAAUUCCAAAUCCAAUUUCAAUUCUUUAAUAACACACACUGAUUAAAACCCCAGGUACGUAAAACCAUCUCAAUUUUUCACGUUCAAUUUCGAUAUUCAAACUUGUUCUGAAUCUUUAAACAUUUGUGUUUGGAACUUUUCUUUUCUUUUUCGAAUAUUCUAAGCGUGAAAAUUCUCCAUAUCAUUGCAGCUAUUUUUUUUGUUAAUAUUCUUAUUCUAAUAUUAAUAAUAAGAAGAUGGAGAAAUCCAAUACUUGUUCAAGAAAGCAUCGACCAUUGAACCUGUUGAGACUAGUAAGGGGUUUGAUAUGUUUAGUGGUGUUUGUAUCAACUGCUUUCAUAUUCCUUGUCUACUUUGCCCCUCCAUUAGCUGUAAUCUUGAGGUUUUUAAGCAUUCGAUGGAGUAGAAAAGUAACAUCUUUUGCGUUCAGUCUUUGGCUGGCUUUGUGGCCUUUUAUGUUUGAGAAGAUAAACAGAACAAAGGUUGUGUUCUAUGGAGAUACUGUUCCAUCAAAGGAACGAGUUAUGGUCAUUGCUAAUCAUAGGACUGAGGUUGAUUGGAUGUACCUAUGGGAUCUAGCAUUGAGAAAAGGGUGCCUUGGCCAUAUCAAGUAUGUCCUCAAAGACAGCCUCAUGAAAUUGCCUGUGUUUGGUUGGGGAUUUCAUGUUUUGGAGUUUGUUCCUCUACAGAGAAAGUGGGAAUCUGAUGAACCUGUUUUGCGCCAAAUGCUUUCCACUUUUACUGAUGCUCAAGAUCCAUUAUGGCUAGCUAUUUUCCCGGAAGGAACUGAUUUUACUGAACAAAAAUGCAAGAACAGUCAGAAUUUUGCUGCACAAGUUGGACUUCCUGUGUUGUACAAUGUUCUACUCCCCAAAACAAAAGGUUUUUGCGUUUGCUUAGAGGUCUUAAGGGGUUCCUUGGAUGCAGUUUAUGAUGUGACUAUUGCCUACAAGAAUAAUUGCCCUUCUUUCUUAGACAAUGUGUUUGGGUUAGAUCCUUCAGAAGUUCAUAUCCAUGUUAGGCGUAUCCCAGUUACAGAUAUUCCAUCAUCUGAGGCCGAUUCCAGUGCUUGGCUAAUUGAUUCAUUCCAUCUUAAGGACAAGUUACUCUCAAAUUUCAAGAUUCAGAGCCAUUUCCCUGACCCAGUUUCACAAGAGGAACUUUCUUCUUUCAAGUGCUUGGCAAAUUUCAUGCUUGUAAUUUUUUUGACUGUCGUAUUUGGUUACCUUACCUUUUCAUUUCUUUGGUCCAAAAUCUACAUUUUUUUAUCUUGUGCAUACCUUGCUUCGGCUACUAAUCUGAACAUUCGGCCUAAGCCAUUUCUAGGCUCUAUUAGAGCUUUGUUUUGUUUCAAGACAAACAAGAAAUGACUAUAUACUUAUCGAUGAAGUAAAAGAUAGCCAAAUAAACUACAUAUCUUGUUUGUUUUC